UACAUCAGCGCAUGUAGUGUGAGGUGUUGCCCGACCUUUCUGCGUGGUGUCUCAGUUCGGUUCUCCCACAUCCAGCUGGUACCCCGAAGUCCUGUGUCUGAUAAAGCGACCAUGGCAGACCAGGCAUUUGUAACACUUGCCACCAACGACAAUUACGCCAAAGGUGCAAUGGUACUGGCCCAGUCGUUAAGAAACCACAACACAUCCAAAAAGUUGGUUGUUCUAAUUGGUACACAUGUUGCUGAUCCAGUCAGGCAAGUGCUGAAUCGGCUCUAUGACGAGGUGCUGGUGGUGGAUGUCCUGGACAGCGGAGACACUGCACAUCUGUCCAUGAUGAAGAGGCCGGAACUGGGUGUCACCUUCACCAAACUGCACUGCUGGACACUCACACAGUACUCCAAAUGCGUCUUCAUGGAUGCUGACACACUGGUUUUGGCAAAUAUCGAUGAGCUGUUUGAGCGAGAGGAGUUGUCUGCUGCUCCAGACCCCGGCUGGCCUGACUGCUUCAACUCUGGCGUGUUCGUAUUCCGUCCCUCUAAAGAAGUCUACGGAAAACUCCUGACUCAUUGCGAGGAGAAAGGCAGCUUUGAUGGCGGGGACCAAGGGGUGCUAAAUAGCUACUUCAACACCUGGGCAACAGAGGACAUAUCCAAGCACCUCCCCUUCAUCUACAAUCUCAGCAGUAUUGCUAUUUAUUCCUACCUUCCAGCAUUUAAGCAGUACGGGAAAGAAGCAAAAGUGGUGCACUUUCUUGGCAAAAUCAAGCCAUGGAACUACACGUACGACUCCAAGAACAAGUCUGUGAAGGGCCAGUCGCAGGACCCGUCCACCCUGCACCCCAACUACCUGCUGCAGUGGUGGGAGCUGUUCUCGUCCUCAGUGGUGCCCAUGAUGAAGGAGUCCUAUGGCAACCAGCCAUUCCUAACUGGAUGCGAAUCAGUGGAGGAGGUCCAUGAAAUUGCCUCCAAGGUCCACUCCCAGGCUCCCCUUCCCCCACAGAUCUCCUCUAAAGAGCGCCAGCAGCAGUGGGAGCAGGGCCAGGCAGACUACAUGGGAAUGGACUCCUUUGACAACAUCCAGAGAAAGCUCGACUCCUUCCUGAAGUAGACUAGAGAAUGUGGAUGAUGGACUUGGUGUUCAAUGGAUUCCGUCUUAAAGCAUGGCAAGAUGAAGGAUUCCACCAGCCUGAUGACUGAAGCUGAGCUCAAGUUCCUGAAAUGUCUGAGAUCCGUACGCCCCUCUCCUCCUCCUUCUCCUCUCCCCUCGUCCCCUUUCUGUUCAGUGUUUCUAACUUUUAAGUAGAAAGUCACAGCAGUGCAAUAAGAUUGGACUGAACCUUCCUUGCCAUGUUUACGGUGGCAUCACACACACACACACACACACACACACUCACAAACUCACACAGCUAUGCAGCUUUCCACGGCCAACCUAAUCCCAGAUCUCAUUUCUGUCACUGUGACGUUUUAACUCAAACCAGCAUCUUGUGCAGUUAGAAAGUUAACCCAUGAAUGUCAACUUAGACAUGUAACUCAGACCUGCUGUAACACCUUCCACAGAAUCUUGUGAAGUAACACUCCACGACUAGUUGUUUUAGUUGUUUUUUUUUCCUUCCAUGCCCUCACUCCAGUGGUCUGAGAACGUAGGCUGGCACAUUGUGUACUAAUGACGUCAAAUUGAACAAGAUUUCAUCAUUUUGUACAUGACUAACCUCCACAGGCUCUCAGAAGAGGUCACUGACAAGAAAACCUCCUGGUCUCACCCAUGAUGGGUUGAAAGUGAAGUGUCAUAGACUUUUUUUUCUCUCCAUGUUUUGCAGCUGCCUUAACUUGGUACUGUUUACAAGGAGGCCAUUGUGUCAUGGCUCCCGAGACAAGCACGUGCCCGAGUUGCCCUUAACGCCGCCUAGUCGCCUGUCGGACCCUUAACCCUCCACUCAGCCUCUCCCUCCAGUGGGCAGGUUAAGGCAGUGUCUUGUGUUUCGUUACGCCAUUCAAGCCCUUUGGUUUUCUUAUCUGUAACUCUUUGUGGUAAAUGACUGUUUGGUUCAGUGACCCCCAUCACCUGUAACUAAAGCCCUGUGUCUGCAAGUUGAGAAAUAAAAGACAAUGACAAGA